AUGGACAACUACCAGAAGCUGGAAAAGAUUGGCGAAGGCACAUACGGUGUUGUCUACAAGGCUCGCGACCUUGCUAAUCAUGGGCGCAUCGUCGCUCUCAAGAAGAUUCGUCUCGAGGCGGAGGAUGAAGGUGUCCCCAGUACCGCCAUCCGUGAGAUCUCCCUUCUCAAAGAGAUGCGCGACCCCAACAUUGUGAAGCUCUUCAACAUCGUCCAUGCUGACGGCCACAAACUCUACCUCGUCUUCGAAUUCCUCGACCUCGAUCUGAAGAAAUACAUGGAGGCGCUGCCCGUCAGCGACGGUGGACGCGGCAAGGCCUUGCCUGAAGGCUCGAGUGAAUCUUUGGGGCGCCUGGGACUGGGAGAUGCCAUGGUCAAGAAGUUCAUGUGGCAGCUCUGCUCCGGCAUCCGCUACUGCCACAGCCACCGUAUCCUGCAUCGCGACCUGAAGCCCCAAAACUUGCUUAUCGACCGCGACGGCAACCUCAAGCUCGCUGAUUUCGGUCUUGCACGCGCCUUUGGUGUCCCGCUGCGAACCUACACCCACGAAGUCGUCACGCUCUGGUACCGCGCCCCGGAAAUCCUGCUGGGUGGCCGCCAAUACUCCACCGGCGUCGACAUGUGGUCCGUCGGCACAAUCUUUGCCGAAAUGUGCACGAGGAAGCCUCUUUUCCCCGGCGACUCGGAAAUCGAUCAGAUCUUCAAGACUUUCCGCCUUCUGGGAACCCCCACCGAAGAGGUCUGGCCCGGUGUCACCUCAUAUCCCGACUUCAAAGCUACCUUCCCCAAGUGGAACCGCGACUACUCACAAACUCUUUGCUCCAACCUCGACGACGAUGGUCUGGCUCUGCUAGAAAGAUUGCUCGAGUAUGAUCCCGCCGGUCGUAUCUCGGCCAAGCAGACCUGUAACCAUCCUUAUUUCGAGGGCUCGAGGCAUACUCACCCCAACGGUUACUGA